ACCAAGUCAGUCAAAUAUGAACUUCCGGGCGUCGAGUCGUUGCAAAAUAGACCAUUCAGGACAGUCACUGAGGAAAACCCUGGAAAAAUAACGAUAGGAAGAAUGAUGCUGUCAGAAGUCCUGAAGGUGCUACGAGGAGCUGGUAAAGUGGGAUCUGCACUGGUCGCCACUCAAGGAGAACAGCUCCGAUUAAUGGCCGGCAACUCCUCCUUGGGAGCAGGAGUCAAAGUUGCUCAGGAUGUGGUUGAAGGACUGGUUGGCACUUUUAUGGGUGGCAACAGUCAGCAACAGUCAGUAAAUGAGGAUGUGUUUCCGGAUGCGGAGGGAUGGGAAAAUAUGGACUCUGAUGAAACCAUCAAAUGGACUGUGGGGUCCGAGUUCCCCCCUGCUGAAGGGGACCACAGCCACACAGGAACUGGACCUGCAGCACAGACGCACACAGGAGUACCUCCUGAAUCAGUGGUGGCAGGUAGUGGUGCAGGCUGGCCCGGGCAGAGCGCUCGCUUCCUUCACACCACCCCCGGCCUCCACCGGUGCUACUAUCACAGCAGGUCUGUCCACAACACUGUUGUGGCCAAGCUCACACCUGAGGACAUCAAGAAAGCCAGGGAGGCAAAGCAGGCAUUGGUCAAACCUGUCAAACAGAAGCUGAGUGACCGUGCCAAAGAGAGAAAGGUGCCCGCCACAAGAAUCAGCAGGCUGGCUAAUUUUGGGGGACUGGCAGUGGGGCUGGGACUCGGUGCCAUUGCAGAAGUGGCAAAGCAGUCACUAGGAGGCAAACAAAAAGGAGACAUGAGCACCCUGCUUGACUCUCCCUUCCUGUCAGAGGCCAAUGCUGAGAGAAUAGUCAGCACUCUGUGUAAGGUCCGUGGAGCUGCACUCAAGAUAGGCCAGAUGCUCAGCAUACAAGACAACUCCUUCAUCAGCCCCCAACUGCAGAAGAUCUUUGAGCGGGUCCGGCAGAGUGCAGACUUCAUGCCCACAUGGCAGAUGAAUAAAGUUCUGGAGGAGGACCUGGGGUCAGGCUGGCGAGAAAAGCUCUCCUCCUUCGAGGAUAAACCAUUCGCUGCAGCUUCUAUCGGCCAAGUCCACCAUGGGGUUCUAAAAGACGGUAGAGAAAUCGCCAUGAAAAUCCAGUACCCCGGCGUGGCAGAGAGCAUACGGAGCGACAUAGACAACCUGAUGGCGGUACUGAAAAUGAGUGUGGCCCUGCCAGAAGGUCUGUUUGCAGACAGCAGCUUGGAGGUUCUACAGAGGGAACUGGCAUGGGAGUGCGACUAUAAGAGGGAAGCAGAGUGUGCCAAGAAGUUCAGGUCACUGCUGGAGGGAGAUGAGUUUUUCCAAGUCCCCGAGGUGAUUGAUGAGCUGUCGGGGCACAGGGUGCUGGCCAUGGAUCUGGUACAGGGAGUCCCACUAGACUUGUGUGUAGAGCUGGACCAGGAGACGAGGAACCGGAUCUGUUCCAACAUCCUGCAGCUGUGUCUCAGGGAGCUGUUUGAGUUCAGGUUCAUGCAAACGGAUCCAAACUGGGCCAACUUCUUUUACAACUCAGACACCAACAAGGUUGUUCUUUUGGAUUUUGGGGCGUGCAGAAGCUAUCCAGAAUCCUUUACAGAUGACUACAUACAGGUGGUUUAUGCAGCUUCUGUUGGCGACCGCGCCACCGUUCUUUCCAAAUCCAAGGACCUGAAAUUCCUGACGGGCUUCGAGGCCAAGGCCUUUGCAGAUGCUCACGUGGAGGCGGUGAUGAUCCUCGGCGAAGCCUUCGCGUCUACCGAACCCUUCGACUUUGGCACCCAGAGCACCACUCAGCGCAUUCAGAGCCUCAUCCCCGUUAUGCUGCGUCACCGCCUCACUCCUCCACCAGAAGAGACGUACUCCCUCCACCGAAAGAUGGCGGGCUCCUUCCUCAUCUGUUCCAAGCUGAAGGCAAAAAUACCCUGCAAGGAUAUGUUCCUGAAUGUGUACCACGCCUACAACCAGCGGAGGCAGGCUGAGCAGGCGGCACAGGCGGCACAGGCUAGUGCUUAGAGGCUCUGGGACAAGUGCCUAAAUUUAGCUUUUUCAGGGUUGGUUCAGGAGAACAGACAGAAAAGAAUCAGUCUUAAAUCCACAAGUAGAGCCUCUGGAUCGGACGCACAUCAUGUCAGCAACUCUAACGGACUGUCCCAGCGUGCUCUAACAAGGACCAUGAGUGACCCCGACUCUUACUGCUCACAUCUUUCUCCGAUACGUGUCACUGACAUCAGUGUGAGGAUGUUAUUUAGGAUGUCCGAACACAACAUUUUACUCGUCGCCUCAUUUCGGUGUGACCUUUUCUUUAUGCACCGAUAAAAAUGGAACAAACAUUGGACUGAUUACUGCGUAAAAUAAUAGUGAUAAUUCUGUCACAAACAAGUGGUGAAGGCUGAGUCCGAAAGGCGAUAUCAGUGAUUAAAUCUGCCACAGCAAACACACAAUGCAAGGUUUCCGUUAUUUCAGAGAAAGCUGUAUAUUUAUGUUUGUCCUCCCAACUUCAGCUCGCUUCGCCUGCGAGCUCCACCUUAUUUCUAAGAGAACGAGUACCUUCUGUCUUCGGUGCAGACGAUGCCCCCCCCCCC